GGCACUUUUCGCAGCACCGAACUAGUCUUCAGUCACGACACCUCCACCACGGAUCGUAAACCAUGUCGCAACUAAGCUGGAAUUAUCUAAUCUUCUUCGGGACGUGCCUCCUUUGCCGCUCAGGCCUCACGGAGGCAGCCAGCUACCAGCUGCAGACCUACGACGUGGAGGCUAACGCGGGCAUAGAAGUUAUGACGAACUCUACGGAAGGAUAUCCCCAAGGAGCGGUGACUUAUAUGGAGAAGCCAUUUUCCUGGCUGCGAAAUGCCCAGAAUAUGUUCGGAAGUCCUGCCGGGCACGUCAUCAUACAGGUCGCCAAGGAACUCAUCCACAGGUCAGCUGGAAACAGUCAGGUUCUGAGUCUCAACCUGACCAAUCUGCUCAUCAUAGUCCUCCUCAAGGUGCUGAUCUUCUCCGCCGGCAUGCUGGGCGCUGGUCACUGGAGUGGCUACGGCUAUGGUUACGGCCGCGGCUCCACCGGACGCAGUGACAGUGACUUUGGCCUUGGACUGAAAUCUGGAGAUGAUUACAUGAUAACAGGGUUCCUAGCCGCCCAGGGAGCGGGUCGGGAUGAGUGUCUGUAUGCAGCCAGCUGCGCGUGCCCGACGGCGGCCUACGAAUAUGCCAAGGCAGGACGAGCUCUUUUGGGAGCCAUCGAGGUGUUCGAAGGGACCCCUCUGGAAAAGCCACGAUACAACGACCUGAUUGUUCUAAUGGAGAAGGCCGCCUACGAUGGCUUCCGGGGAGUGGCCUGCAAUACCACGGAGACCUGCGAUGGGCUGCUUUGAGUUUCUGCAGUUUUAGAUUACGGCUCUUCUUGAUUGAGUGUGACAAGUACAAUAUAUUCAUUGCACUUCUUAGAGAAUUCAUAUCAAAUUUGUAUCCAAAGUACAAUAUUUUUCUGUUCUGCCUAAGAGUAUGCAAGAAUUCUAUACUAUGGAAGUAUUAUUUGUCACAUUGUAAUUUUAAGGGAGCUCUCCUUAAGUAAAACUAAUGUUUAUGUAUCUAUUAAAUGUAUAUUAAAUUAGAUGUAGUACAAACGAA